CAAAAAAGAGGAAGGGGACUAGAAAGGAGGGGAAAAUACCAAGAAGCUCCGGUUGCUUUUUCAUGUGCAAUUGUUGUAAUAUUCUUCAGUGGUUGUUGUGGUUUGCUUUAUUUUCGGGCCACUUCCUACAAGCAUAGAUUCUCUCUAUGCGAGAGUCCAGAGCCCUCUCUCCUAGCUGUGCGGCUUAGGAAUGGAUGAUUGUGCUCUGCUCUGCUUUGAUUCUCUUUGCUCAUAAAGGUUUCAUGCUUUUGUCUUUGUCUUUACCUCUCCUUUUCAUGGAUACCCUUCUAGGCGGUUGCAGGAGCAGUCUAUAGCCGGUGCACCCACUAUACAUACAUGGCAAUGCAUAUUCACACGUUUUAUUCUAACUCCACCAUACCCUACUGGGUAUAAAGGGGCAUCACCAUCCUGCAUUUUCUUCAUUGCAGAACCUCUUCAUAGUCAUUGCAGUAGAAGAUUUAAACACCUUUCUCUAGCAGCAAAAUGAGUCAUGCACAUUCUCAUAUGGGCUCUGGUAGUAGAACUGCUCGAAGAGCUUUUGAGUUUGGGAAGACCCAUGUAGUGAGGCCCAAAGGGAAACACCAAGCCACUAUAGUAUGGCUGCAUGGUCUUGGUGAUAAUGGUUUGAGCUCAUCUCAGCUCCUGGAAUCCCUUCCACUUCCAAAUAUAAAAUGGAUUUGCCCAACUGCUCCUACCCGUCCUGUGGCCAUACUUGGUGGUUUUCCCUGCACUGCAUGGUUUGAUGUGGGAGAACUUUCAGAAGAUGGUCCUGAUGAUUGGGAGGGUUUGGAUGCCUCAGCAGCACACAUUGCAAACUUGUUGUCAACAGAGCCAGCUGAUGUGAAAGUUGGUAUUGGAGGCUUCAGCAUGGGUGCAGCAAUAGCCCUAUACUCUGCAACAUGUUUUGCCAUGGGAAGGUAUGGAAAUGGCAUCCCAUACCCACUCAACUUAAGAACAGUGGUUGGACUAAGUGGUUGGCUUCCCGGAUCAAGGAGCUUAAGGAACAAGAUAGAAGUGUCGCAUGAAGCAAGAAGGCGAGCAGCUUCAUUACCAAUUUUGCUUUGCCAUGGAAUCAGUGAUGAUGUAGUCCUGUGCAAAUAUGGAGAAAAAUCUGCUCAAUCCUUAUGUUCAGCAGGGUUUCGAUAUGUUGCAUUCAAAUCCUAUGACGGGCUUGGUCAUUAUACAGUUCCUAGAGAGAUGGAUGAAGUUUGCACCUGGCUCAGUUCAAGGCUAGGGCUUGAGGGAUCCUCAUAAAUGACAUAACUAGUAUCAGUCCCCGUAGAAGGUAUAUGGAACAAUAAUUGGGAAGGUGGGGUGUUGCAUAUGCACAAAUAGGUAGAUCAUGGACAGGUUCAUGGGUAUAUAUAAAAAAUAGGAGAAUUAAUUUUCUGGGUCUCUUUUUGUCAUGUUCCUCAGCAAUAAAGAUAUGUGUUUUCUAAGUAUUUCGCUUAUUGUAUUAUUGUAGAACCUAGCGAGUGAAUUAGUUGUACUAUUGAAGAGAUUUUAGUCUUUAUUAUUGUAACAAAGCCUGGAACUUGGCAUCCUUAUUUCUCAAUUUCGAGGAAGAUUUUUAUUAUUUU